UUGUAACGGUCGAACACGAAAGCACGACGUUUUCUUCUCUUUUUCUUCCAGUUUCGGAUGUUUGCUGGAGGCGUUAAACGUAACAGAAUUUUUUGAUUCAUUUUCGUUUGAUCUGAAAGAUGAACGAACCAAACAACGAUCGAGACUGUAACGAUUCGGUAAAGGUUGCUGUACGAAUCAGGCCAUUGGUCGAGUCAGAAAUAGCUAGAGGAUGCAACAAUGUUUUAGAAGUUAUACCUUCAUUACAACAAGUUCAGGUGGCAGAUAAAGCCUUCACAUACAAUUACGUCUACGAUUGUGAAUCAACACAGGAAGAAUUUUACAACAGUUGUUCCAAGAAGUUAAUUACCAACUUGUUUAAGGGGUACAAUGUGACCAUAUUGGCUUAUGGACAAACAGGCUCUGGAAAAACUUAUACCAUGGGUACUUGUUAUGAUGGUGAGGGUGAAAUGGGAAUUAUACCCCGGGCAAUACACGACAUUUUUACCUACGUCCGCGAUAAUUUUUCUUAUGAUUUUACUGUAACGGUAACGUUUAUGGAACUUUAUCAGGAGACACUGUACGAUUUAUUGUCAAAAAAACCGAAAGAUCAGUGUAAUGUCGAAAUUAGAGAUGACGGAAAAAAUAUAUUGAUUCCUAACUUAACAGAAGAAACCGUUGAUAGUGCUCAUAAAGCUUUGGAGUUUUUAAGAAUCGGUUCUUUGUCUCGGGUAGUGGGAUCCACUAAUAUGAAUGCCCAAAGUAGUCGUAGUCAUGCAAUUUUUACCAUUAACCUAUGCAUGCAAAAGAAAGAUGACAGUAACCAAAACAAGGCUGCAAAGUUUCAUUUGGUAGAUCUAGCCGGUUCAGAAAGAUCAAAGAAAACUGGAGCAACUGGACAAACUUUUAAAGAAGGCAUAAAUAUAAAUAAGGGAUUACUUGCCCUUGGAAAUGUCAUAUCUGCUUUGGGAGAUGAAAAACUGCAAGCGGGUUAUAUCUCUUACAGAGACAGCAAUUUGACAAGACUAUUAAAAGAUUCUCUUGGAGGUAAUAGCAUCACAUUAAUGAUUGCUUGCGUUAGUCCAGCUGAUUAUAAUCUAGAAGAGACGCUAUCAACUUUGCGAUAUGCUGAUAGAGCAAGAAAAAUUAAGAAUAAACCUAUUGUCAAUCAAGAUCCAAAAAUUGCAGAGAUAAAUCGUUUGAAAAAGACAAUACAGCAGCUGCGUUUGGAAUUAAUUGGUCAAGGUGGUCCCAUAGUUUGUCAAGGUGAAAUAGACACGAUUAGAAAAGAAAAUGACCANUUUUAUAAUAAUUACUAUUACUUAUUUCCUAUUCUACAUAACCACAAAAAAAACACAAAAUUGAAGACGUAUAGCAUAGAUAGACAUAUAGAUAAUUUAAACGUAGACCACCUGAACUGUAGCACAAUAAUCAUAGAUAAUACAACUUUUGUGAUUUAUUGGAACUACUAG